AUGCCUUCGAAAAAACGCAAACAACGACAACAACGAAAAUCAGAUAAAUAUAUGCUGCGAAAUACAAGAAAUCCACAUCCAUCACUUGUAACCAACAAAAAUUUGAACAAUAACACCGAAGAAAUAAGCCGAAUUUUUGAAUUGUCUACAAUUUCAUUAAUAAAUGCGAAAGAUUUAUCAACAGUAAAUCAAGAUUGUUUUUCUUCAGGUUCAGAAAAUAAUAACAUUUGUUCAUCAUCUAUUUCAAUAAUUCCUAAUCAAAAUUCAACUUCAUCAUCAACAAGAUCAGAUGAUUUAUCAACAGGUACAGUUAAUUUUGGUCACGAUCAGUCAACUGAUACUGUUGAAAAACACUAUAUCUCAACACUUUCGAUUAUUCUUAAUAAAAAUUCAACUUCAUCAUCAACAAGAUCAGAUGAUUUACCAACAAGUACAGUUAAUUUUGGUUACGAUCAAUCAACUGAUACUGUUGAAAAACGCUAUACCUCAACACUUUCGAUUAUUCUUAAUAAAAAUUCAAUUUCGUCAUCAACAAAAACAAAAAAUUUAUCAACUGGUGAAGUUAAAUCAAUUAAUUUAAAUCAAGAUUGUUUUUCUUCAGGUUCAGAAAAUAAUAACAUUUGUUCAUCAUCUAUUUCAAUCAUUCCUAAUCAAAAUUCACCUUCAUCAUCAACAAGAUCAGAUGAUUUAUCAACAGGUACAGGUAAAUAA